UCCUGCAGCAGAGAAGCACCUGACAGCAGCCGGGAGGGGGCGGGGCUUACAGUGAACACAGAGGAGUGGACGUGCAGUUCCGUGGCGUCCUGGAUCCAAGCCUGAUUUGUACUUAACCGGACCGCUCUGCACUGUAGUGGGGUGAAGGGUGAAUUAACUGGCAGACAGUAAUACUGCUGAUGUCAGCAGACAAGAUGGCAACAACAGCUAGUGCAAAUGGAGCAGGGCCUGUAAAUGAAGGAAAAGACACCCUCAGUCCUGAGGAUCUGUCUGAGCUGCUGGCAGCAGGGACCAAGGAGGUUCACGAGAAGGCCGAAAACACACAGUUUGUGAAAGACUUCCUCAAGGGUCGCAUCCGCAAAGAGCUUUUCAAGCUUGGUGCCGUUGCUCUCUACUACACCUAUACCGCGAUGGAGGAGGAGAUUGAAAGGAACAAGGACCACCCCCACUUUGCCCCCCUAUAUUUCCCUACAGAGCUGCAUCGCCGCGAGGCCCUGGCCCGUGACCUUGAGUACUUUUACGGGCCUGACUGGCAGAGCGAGGUCAGCUGCUCCCCGGCCGCCCAGCGCUAUGUGGACCGUAUUCAUGAAGUAGGGCAGGAGGACCCCGUGCUGCUGGUGUCCCACGCUUACACCCGCUAUAUGGGUGACCUGUCAGGGGGCCAGGUGCUGAAGAAGGUGGCGCAGAGAGCCAUGAAGCUGCCGCCCACAGGGGAGGGCCUGGAGUUCUAUACGUUUGAUGGCAUCCAUAGUGCCAAAGAAUUCAAGCAGCUGUACCGUAGUCGGAUGAACGUGCUGGUUCUGGACGGGGAUACAAAGAAGAGGCUGGUGGCCGAGGCUGUCAAGGCCUUCCAGUUCAACAUGGAGGUGUUCGAUGAGUUGGAAGAGAUCGGCAAAACCAUCCAGGAGGAAGUUUUAGAUGCUGGCAUGCCCGUCCAUGGAGCAAUGGGUGGAGACAUCGGCAAAUGUCCCUACUAUUCUGCCAAAAUGGCGGCGGCGGGCGGAUCAGAAUACGCCUGUCAGCUCGCCAUGGCUGUACUGCGACACCCGACGGGACAGGUCCUGUGCGCUGCUCUUGCUGCUGCUCUGGCAGGGUUUGCUGCCUGGUAUCUGAUGUGAUGCUGCCGUCACCCUGUCACCGUGCUGCUGGGAGAACGACGAGAAAAAAGGGAGGACAGUAAGGGGAAUAAAAAAAUCACUCAGGUUGUAGACCAUUUCCUAGUUUCUUACAAACAUUCUGAAUGGGUCCAGGCUUAUUUAAUGUUACUUAAAGGAAUUCAACUUGGAUCUGUUCUAUGGAAUUCUGAUAUAAUGACCAUAAAUAUGUCCAUCCAUCCACCAAGCUACAACUUGUUCAAAUGUAUCCUCUAUUCUUUUAAAUGCACUACCUCCUCUGAACUGUCCCUCCAACCUUUGUCCUUCCAGUGAGUUUUGUCGUAUCUGAAGAUAUUCUGAAGCUGCUUUCUUGAUUUGUCCCCAAUUUUAAAUGAAACUGCCAGAUGUAAAACAUAUAUAUUUUAGAUGCUGCCCCUUAAAUUGGCUCUAUAGUGAUGAAUGCGUUAGUAAUGAUGAAGAGAUUAUCCAAAGUUCUCAUGGCGAGCGCAGAGGAAACAUGUUACAACAUACUAUGCACAUGUUAUGAAUGAGUUUAAUGGCUCAGUGUGUUCUUGCUGGGCAGACUGCUGUGGUGGUUUUGAAUGAGGUCUUUGUGUGGUUGCAAUAAAAGAUCUCAAAUUGUACUUCCUGACAUGAGUUGAAGUUCCAAAGAUAAUAUGAAACGCAGUGCAUUGCACUGUUGUUAUUCUUUCUUUUAUUAAAUUCAUCUAAUUAUCCAAAAAUGGCCUCCAAUGUUUCUAAAACAUUUCUACAAGUGUACCUAAUUCUUAAAAAAUAGCACAACUUUGACAAGCUUAUGAUUGGAUACGAGUGAAUACACCUGAAAAUGGACUCUCUACUAAUGCAUGUUCAAAUGGACAUCUUGUAUUUAUAAACAAAAACUGCCUGAUGUUGGUUUAAAUGCAUCGCUUAACUGUCCAAGGUGAAGUAUUAAUCGAUGAUUCAGUUUUACCUGCCACAGAAGCUGAUAUCAUAGGAAAGGUGAAUAUGAUAAUGGUUAAGUCUGAAGGCUAAAGAUGUUAAGGUUUAUUAUGAACUGCCGCAGGUUAGGUCCUUCAGCAGCUCACCUCUUGUGUAAGCAGCCAUUUGUUAUGGAUACGCCAGUAUGCAUCAUCACUAAAACAGUCACAUUUUGCUUGUACUCUAUUUUUUGGAACACCAUUCCAAGUAAUUGCAACAUGGAUAAGGAGGAACAUAUUGUGCUUUGUGUACUGUGUGCAGUGUUAUUGCACUGUUCUGCAAUUUAAGUUGAAUAUUUAUCCUGACACAUUAAUGACAUUUUAUUAACUUGGCAUCAUCUUCCAAGCUGUUUGUUCUUUUCGUAGUUUAAAAAUGUUUGACGCACAGUGUCAACGGAAACCUGCUUAAAACAAAAUGUCUACCAGGUUCCUGUGCUGUGUGUGUUUGCACAUGAUGUACAGUAUGGUGUACAGUAUUCUUUAACUAGCAGUCAUUCAGAUUUGACCUGGCAUGUAUCCCAAGUGAUCAUGUGUUUUUUAUCUGAGCGUCUCAGGUUCAUGUUGUAGUCGGAUGGAAAUACAAUGCAUUUCCUUUGGACUGUUAUACUCCUGUAGUUCAUUGUCCAUGUUUUAUUUUAUUUUAUUUUUGCCAGUGUCAAAAUGCUUCAGUAUUUCUGGACGAACUUAGGGAAGGCUUACUUGAAUCUCAGAAGUACAGUUGUUCAGGUCAUUGUUAAACCUUAGAUAUAGAAGAUGGGAUGCUUGACUAAUUCAUGUUGAUUUAGAUUCCUCUUGCAUUUCAAUAACUCUGCUCCUAAUCACUUUGUGUAUCUGAAUGGACAACGCUUUAUAGUGUUUGACACCCCAUGGCUGUUGAAUGAAAUACAUUCUGUUUUCCUGCUCAAGCUCAAAUAAAGGUGAUCCAUUUGGA